UUUCAGGAGUUUCACCUGUUUGUCCAGGUGAAGGAGCGCAGGCAGCAGGCCCAGGCGUACCGACGCAGAGCCUGGGGAACCAACUUCUCCAGGGACCAUCUGAGCCAGCUGCUGUCCGAACACAACGCGCUGUGGGAGCCCGCCGACUCCCACUCCGACCCCUCCACCCCGCUGCCCAACCGUGACCUUUCACCUGAGCCGGACAGCCGCAGAGCUUCCUGUGUAGAAGCCCUGGACCUGGCCAGUAUGUCCAGCAGGAGGUCGUCAGUCAGCGGAGGAAAAACUCAGAGGAGCGCUGGGAGGGAAACGCCUCCAGGACCCGGAGCUGAGUGCCACACAGCCUGGGCAGAAGAAGAAGAAGAGACGGAGGAAGAGGAGGGAAGGUUACCGACUCCCAGACUGAGAACGAGGCCGGUGCAGAGGACCCACCACGACCUGACCACACCUGCCACAGGGGGAGCUAUACUUGUUGGAAAAUCGACCAACAGGGAUGAUUCUUCUCCUAUCAAACAAAAACAGAAAUUCGCUUCAACAGAGUUUGGGUCAGAGGUCGGCGUCAACAAGCCGGUCAAACUGAAGGAGGCGUGGCCAGAGAACAGCCCCGUGUCUUUAAGCCCCCCUCCUACCAACCAGCAGACGCCCAGCCCUCAGCCUCAACCAAUCAGGACGAAGCAGGCGCCUCCUUCCCCAGCAGCCCCGCCCCCUCUGGGCUCGCCGCCGCAGCAUGGGAUCCAGGGAACGCUGAGACAUCCGGACUUCCAGCACAACGGUGAUUUGGGCUUGAGGUUCAGGGAGCUGCCAUGUUCCAGAGGAGGCUGCGGUUCUGAUGAAGACGACCGGCUGUCAGUGAUGUCAUGGCGCUCGGCGGCUUCGUGCUCGGCGGCGUCCGCCGUCCUGGAGCGCGCUCAGAAGAGACGGGAAGACUUCUGGGGAAAGAGAUGACGUCGAAAACUCAAACGCUGUAGACAUUAGAGAUCUUUAUUUUUGUAGCAAAUGUAAAUUAUUUUUAACAGAAUAGUUUUUAUCUUACAAGUUUCUAAGCAGAAGACAGCAGGACUUCUCUUGCUUGUGGCUGUUUUUACACCCAGGUGUUGAGUUUGUGUGAAGCUGCUUCCCGUCUUGGUGCGACUCGGUUGCAGGAACCGGACCAAAGCAAACUGGGGCGGUUUGUAGUGAGAAUGUGAUCCAGAGUUUGGUAGGAACUACGCUGCAAAAGCACAAAACAUUACCGAGUAGUUUCAGUCUAGUUUCUACUGCAAAUAUCUGAGCACACUCUGUUUAGAA